AGGGCGCCCGGCAAGAUGGCCAGUAAGACCAAGGCCAGCGAGGCCCUCAAGGUGGUGGCCCGCUGCCGCCCGCUCAGUCGGAAGGAGGAGGCGGCGGGCCACGAGCAGAUCCUGACCAUGGACGUGAAGCUGGGCCAGGUGACCCUGCGCAACCCCCGCGCGGCCCCCGGGGAGCUGCCCAAGACCUUCACCUUUGACGCCGUGUACGACGCCAGCUCCAAGCAGGCCGACCUGUACGACGAAACCGUGCGGCCGCUCAUCGACUCGGUGCUGCAGGGCUUCAACGGCACCGUGUUCGCCUACGGCCAGACGGGCACGGGCAAGACCUACACCAUGCAGGGCACCUGGGUGGAGCCCGAGCUGCGCGGGGUCAUCCCCAACGCCUUCGAGCACAUCUUCACCCACAUCUCCCGCUCCCAGAACCAGCAGUACCUGGUGCGGGCCUCCUACCUGGAGAUCUACCAGGAGGAGAUCCGGGACCUGCUCUCCAAGGAGCCCGGCAAGCGGCUGGAGCUGAAGGAGAACCCCGAGACGGGCGUCUACAUCAAGGACCUCUCCUCCUUCGUCACCAAGAACGUCAAGGAGAUCGAGCACGUGAUGAACCUGGGCAACCAGACCCGCGCGGUGGGCAGCACACACAUGAACGAGCUCAGCUCCCGCUCGCAUGCCAUCUUCGUCAUCACGGUGGAGUGCAGCGAGCGCGGCUCCGACGGCCAGGACCACAUCCGCGUGGGCAAGCUCAACCUGGUGGACCUGGCGGGCAGCGAGCGGCAGAACAAGGCGGGCACCAAUCAGGCGUCGGCCGCCGGGAGCACGGCCACCCCGGGGUCGGGGAACGGCGGGGGUGGCAGCGGAGGGGGCGCGGGGAGCGGAGAGAGGCCCAAGGAGGCGUCCAAAAUCAACCUGUCGCUGUCGGCGCUGGGCAACGUGAUCGCCGCCCUGGCGGGCAACAGGAGCACCCACAUCCCCUACCGGGACUCCAAGCUCACCCGCCUGCUCCAGGACUCGCUGGGGGGCAACGCCAAGACCAUCAUGGUGGCCACGCUGGGCCCCGCAUCGCACAGCUACGACGAGAGCCUCUCCACCCUGCGCUUCGCCAACCGGGCCAAGAACAUCAAGAACAAGCCGCGCGUGAACGAGGACCCCAAGGACACGCUGCUGCGAGAGUUCCAGGAGGAGAUCGCGCGCCUGAAGGCCCAGCUGGAGAAGAAGGGGAUGCUGGGCAAGCGGCUGCGGCGGAAGAGCAGCCGCCGGAAGAAGGCGGCCUCGGCCCCCGCCGGCUACCCGGAGGGGCCCGUGAUCGAGGCCUGGGUGGCCGAGGAGGAGGACGACAACAACAACAACCACCGCCCGCCCCAGCCCAUCCUGGAGUCGGCGCUGGAUAAGAACAUGGAGAAUUACCUGCAGGAGCAGAAGGAGCGGCUGGAGGAGGAGAAGGCCGCCAUCCAGGACGACCGCAACCUGGUGAGCGAGGAGAAGCAGAAGCUGCUGGAGGAGAAGGAGAAGAUGCUGGAGGACCUGCGGCGGGAGCAGCAGGCCACGGAGCUGCUGGCGGCCAAGUACAAGGCCAUGGAGAGUAAGCUGCUGAUCGGGGGCAGGAACAUCAUGGAUCACACCAACGAGCAGCAGAAAAUGCUGGAACUGAAGAGGCAGGAGAUUGCCGAGCAGAAACGCCGCGAGCGGGAGAUGCAGCAGGAGAUGCUGCUUCGGGAUGAGGAGACCAUGGAGCUCCGCGGCACCUACACGUCCCUGCAGCAGGAGGUGGAGAUCAAGACCAAGAAGCUCAAGAAGCUGUAUGCCAAGCUGCAGGCGGUGAAGGCCGAGAUCCAGGACCAGCACGACGAGUACAUCCGCGUGCGGCAGGACCUGGAGGAGGCGCAGAACGAGCAGACGCGGGAACUGAAGCUCAAGUACCUAAUCAUCGAGAACUUCAUUCCGCCCGAGGAGAAGAACAAGAUCAUGAACCGGCUUUUCCUGGACUGUGAGGAGGAGCAGUGGAAGUUUCAGCCGCUGGUGCCUGCAGGAGUGAGCAACAAUCAGAUGAAGAAGCGGCCAACCUCCGCCGUGGGCUACAAGCGGCCCAUCAGUCAGUAUGCACGGGUCGCCAUGGCCAUGGGGUCCCACCCCAGGUACCGGGCUGAAAACAUCAUGUUCUUGGAGCUGGACGUGUCCCCGCCCGCCAUCUUCGAGAUGGAAUUCUCGCACGACCCAGAGCAAGACCCUCGGGCCCUGCACAUGGAGAGGCUCAUGCGGCUGGACAGCUUUCUGGAGCGGCCCGCCACGUCCAAAGUCCGGAAGUCAAGAUCCUGGUGCCAGAGUCCGCAGCGGCCUCCGCCCUCGACGGCACAUGCCUCGCUGGCCGCUGCCGCGCUGCACCCCACGGCCGUGCUGGACCAGGAGUGAAGCCCUCAGCCAGGCCGCCCGGCCCACAGACUUGGGGGUGGGGCCAGCCCCCCUCGCUCUUCCCCGCCGCUUGUGUGUGCGUGCGUGUGCAUGUGUGUGUGUGUGUGCGCGCGAGGGGCCACGGCUGGGUGGGCGCGCCUCCGCCCACCUGCCCGCCCUCCUCUGCCCCUUUAUUUAAUUCCCUUUAUUUAUUCGUGGAGCUCAGCCCGCGGGGAGCCCAGCCCCCCACCUGAGCCCGUGUGGUCCCUGCGCAGCCUCCUCUGCAGGAUGCAACCGUCCCCACCCCAGUCCGCACCUCCAGCACCGCCAGCUGGCCCAGGAGGACAUGGCCAGUGCCUGAGCAGAGAGAGUCCGGGCUCCGUGUCCUGCCUCCCACAGGCGGCCCGGCAGCAACAGGCCUGCAGGGGGCCUGGCCGGGGCUCCCGCCAACCGCAUGGGGGUCUCAUUCUGGGCCCCAGAUGCCUCUUGGGGCCUCUCGACCUCCUUCUCCAGGACUUUCUCGGGCUCUGCUCUCCCACUCUCACAAGAACUGCAGCGUCCACCCCUGCGGGGACAGGGAGCCACCGGCUUCCGCCUCCAGGAGACCUGCAGGACACAGACGGGAAACAGAUGACGCGGACAGCCGGCUGAGGAAGCCCCAGGGCUGGGUCCCUUUGUCUCUCUUCCCACCGACAAGGAACUGGCCCGCCGGGCUCCGGUCCCCCCAGCCCCCCACUCCUUCCGGCUUCCCUCUCACACCUGCAGUUCUGUGCUCCCGGGCCGUGUCCUCUCCCCGCAGGGCCGGACACAGCUGGCCCUGUGCGUGGCUUGCUCUCCCCCUCAGCACUGGCCGCCUUGCCCAGAGCCCCCGCUCACGGGGCACGCUCUGUCGAACACGGACGCUUCCUCCGCAUCAUGCCAACGGGCCGCUGCCAGUGCUCCUGGCCUGCCUUUCUCCCUUCCGGGGCCGUCCUGCCUGGCACAUCAAGGGAUAAGUAAAUUUGAACCAAAACGGAACUAGAGAGAGACAGAGAUCAGUUUUCCACUUUUAUUUUUUUCCUUUUUGGUAGAGGGGCAGAGAAGUAACAGGGAGAGAUAAUAAGCAAUGUAGGGAUUCCGAAACACCCACCUCGGGGGUCUCCUUGCAUGAGGAGCAGGGGGUGGGGGCGGUCAGCCACUGGGGUAAAGGCAGGAACCCACGGACCCGCCUGAAAUCUAGUUCUGGCAGUGACCUGGGCUGAGUCGCUGGUGAUUCUCUUGUCAGGAAAUGAGCCUUCCUGUCGGGGCGGUUCCGGGAGGGGCCCUGCCACAGGGUUGAACCCGACGCUGCUGUCAUUCCUGCUGUAUUUACUGGACUCCGAGGCUAGGCAACACAAAGGCCCCUCUGCCCCUGGCCCUCAGCGCUGUCCUCUUUUGCAUCCCCACCCAGGGGACACUCAGAUGCAGGACUGUGUUCUGAGGUCCAGCGGCAGCUGCGUGAAGCGCCAUCCCCCCCCCCUCCAGGUGUCCCAGCACUGGGCAGAGGGACGUCCAGGCCUCUCCCACUGAGCGCCUUCUUGUUUGUGGACAAAGCAGCCUGUCACCCCCCCGCCCCGCCCCCUUCAUUUCUUGGGCACGUGAGCUGCCUUGUCUGGUCACUCGGCCCCCUCUGUCUGAUAGCACAAACUCCCCAGUGUCACCACCCCCAGUCUGAGGGCUGGGCCCGAGGUGCGAUGGGCAGGGGAAGCCCUACUGUGUAGUCAGUCCCGUGUCUGUGCACGCAUUUGUGUGUGUGUGUGUUUACGUCUGCGGGGACACCAUGCUCAGUGUAAGGGGUGCUGGGGACAGGGUCGGGGGGUGGCUGUUUCUCUGUCUGUCCCUCUCUCCCCCCUCUCUCUCCCCUCCCACAUACACCCUUUCUAUAUAUCAAAUCAAAUACUGGAUUGACAAAGGAAGGGCCCGAUUUAGGACCAAAUCCCCACGUCUGUUGCUCUGGUCGUUAGGACAGCUGUCGGCGAUGCUGCAGCCCCUCGGUCCCCCGAUGACAAUGCAGGACAUGUGUAAAAUAGAAAUAUAUAUAAACAUGACCCUCCGUCUCCUUGGCCUAGGACGAGGCCUCUGCAGGCCCCCCUGUUCAGACAAACAGUCGAUAAUAAAGGAAUGAGUGUCGUUA